UGUAGUUUAUCAAAACCAAAAAUAAAUAAAUUGGAAAAACGAGGUCGUUUGGUUUGGAGGUUUAGCACUCACUAUUUCUCUAGUUUCUCUGCAUCGCCUUCGUCGAUCGAAGUGGAGCUUCCAUUUCAUAGCCGGCGGUGAAGAUAGAUAGUUAGCAGACUUGGCUGACCCUGAGCAGGAGGAAUAAGAAUAAGAUGCCUCCUUAUGAUUGUAUGUUUCUGUUUAAGCCCCAUAUAAGGAAGGAAGCUGUCAUGGAUUUAGUUGUGAGGGUGGGAAAGCAUGUGUGCAGAAGAAAUGGGGUUGUCACUGAUAUCAAGAGUCUCGGAAAAGUUCAGUUGGGCUAUGGUGUGAAAAAGCUAGAUGGCAGAUAUUAUCAGGGCCUACUGAUGCAAAUGAGCAUGAUGGCUACACCUGAAAUCAACAAAGAGUUGCAUUACCUAAACAAGGAAGACCGGUUACUGCGUUGGCUUUUGGUUAAGCAGCGUAAUACAAAAUUUGGGCUUGACUCCUAUGGUGAUGAAGGUAGAUAUGAGCUAAGCAAAUUGUCCCAGAUCGGUAAACAUGGUGAUGAGGAUGAGGAUGAAGAUGAUGAGGAAUAUGAAGUGAAUGAAGAAGAAACAGUGAACUAAAAGAUAGCUGAGUAUCUUGUUAGUUUCCAUUGUGAGAGUACAAAACCAUUUUGCAUAGUAUUGUUGGUGUCAAACAUUUGCUUACUUACGGUACUAGGUAUCAAUCAAACAUGACCAGUGGGCUCGAACAUGUUAUUUCAUAAACUCCGAGCUGUCUCUUGCUAUUCGAAAAAAACAUCUUUGUAGCUUUGGUGAAAUAAUUGUAACUCGUGGUUGUGUUAGCCAGGAUCUACGAACAGUUUGGUUCAUUCAAUAUACUUCUAAUUGGUGCGUAUGUUAAUAUCUUGAGAGCAAA